AUAGCAUCUUCAUGGUCUCAGUGCCCACGACGGCAAUUGCAGAAUCUCUCCAUAACAAGCACUCUGGAGAUACACAAUUUGACCCGGGUAAAAUUCAUCAUGGACGCACAGCUCUUGGAUGAGGUCGCCGACAAGUUCAACGCGUAUCUCGACGCCGUUCCACUAACUCGACAUGCUCGCAAUAGGGCCGGAAUCCCUCAGUAUGUUCUGGCUGCGGCUGCUAUUGUGAUCAGUAUUUUUAUCUUGCGGCUGGCACAGAGCUGUAACGAGGACAAGGCCGUCCCAUACACCGUCCCGCCGCCGAAGAUUCCCGACGAGCACUCCAUUGUCGAAGAGACGAGUGUGAAGAUCUCCGGCACAACCGCAGUCCAAUGCUACGCCCCGGCCACGGGGCAGUUUCUCGGCUUCAUCAACCCCUCCACCCCGGCCUCCAUUGACCGCGCCGUCGACGCUGCCCAUGCGGCGCAGGCGAAAUGGAAGAAUACUAGCUUUCGCGAUCGCCGUCAAGUGCUUCGAACAAUGCUACAACACGUCCUCGAUAACCAGGAAGCCAUCUGCCGCGCCGCCUGUCUCGACUCGGGCAAGACGAUGGUAGACGCACAGCUUGGCGAGAUUCUCGUGACCGUCGAAAAGCUCACAUGGACGCUGAACCAUGGCGAGAAGGCCCUCCGCCCCAGCCCGCGACCUACGAAUCUCCUCAUGGCAUACAAACGAAACGAAGUGCGGUACGAACCACUCGGUGUUGUCGGUGCCCUGGUCAGUUGGAAUUACCCGUUCCACAACCUUAUCGGACCCAUCAUUUCGAGUAUCUUCGCCGGUAAUGGUGUGCUAGUCAAGGUCUCUGAACAGACGGCCUGGAGUUCCCAAUACUUUACGAGUAUCGCGAGAGGGGCUCUCAUCGCCCACGGCUACGAUCCCGCCCUGAUUCAGACGGUUGUGUGUUGGCCGCAGACGGCGAACCAUAUCACCUCUCACCCCAAGAUCUCCCACUUGACUUUCAUUGGCUCGCGCCCUGUAUGCCUGAAGGUCGCUGCCUCAGCUGCCAAGUCUCUCACACCUCUGAUCGCGGAAUUGGGUGGCAAGGAUCCCUCUAUCGUCCUCGACUCCGCCGCCAGGGAUUUGAAGCGCAUCGUCGAAAUCCUCAUGCGAGGUACGUUCCAAGCUUCUGGACAAAAUUGCAUUGGAAUUGAGCGCAUCAUUGCUACGCCGAAGCUUUACGACCAGCUCGUGGUAACUCUAGCGCCAAAGGUCCAGGGUCUUCGCCUGGGACCGACUGCAGACGUGGGCGCCAUGAUCUCAGAUGCCGCGUUUGACCGUCUUGAAUCCCUCGUUGAGAAGGCAGUCAAGCAAGGAGCCCGCUUGUUGGCAGGUGGCAAACGAUACAUCCACCCAGAGCACCCCAAGGGCCACUACUUCGUCCCGACUCUCCUUGUCGAUGUUACCCCUGAAAUGGAAAUCGCUAACGAAGAGUGCUUCGGCCCCGUCAUGACCAUCAUGCGCGCUCCUGGACCCGACGCAGACUCAGUUCUGUCAGUAGCCAACGCGCCAGAAUUCGGACUCGGCGCUUCCAUCUUCGGCGGCGACAACGACCCCGUUCUCCGCGCCGUCGUCGAUGGCCUCAACACCGGCAUGGUAGCCGUCAAUGACUUUGGCGCAACCUACGCCGUCCAGCUCCCCUUUGGUGGCGUCGGCGGCUCAGGCUACGGCCGGUUCGCCGGCGAGGAAGGACUCAGGGGUCUCUGUAAUAUCAAGAGCAUCUGCGUCGACCGCUUUGGCUGGUUGGGCGUUCGCACCGCCAUCCCCCCGCCCGUAAAAUAUCCCGUUCCGGAUCAGGAGCGGAGCUGGCGGUUUACUAGAGGUGUUGUUGGCGUGGGUUAUGCGCAGAGUCUGGCAGGCAAAUUCAGGGGCAUUCUCGACAUAAUGAAGAAUGCCUAG